AUGCCUAUCGACUUUCACCUCGGCCCCACUGAGGCCGGCAUUCGAACCGCCGCCGCAGGAUUCGCUCAGGGCGUCCUGAAGCCGGCCCGCGCCGAGUACGUCAAGUACACUGAGCAGCACAAGCGAUUCCAGGCCACCCAGCCGGCCUACGCGGCAGCCGUGCAGGGCGGCCUGCUCAAGGGCCAGGUCUCGCCAAAGUUUGGAGGUACAGCUGGCUCGCUGAUCGAGGCCGCCAUCAUGGUCGAGGAGUGCUAUUCCGUGGAGCCAUCGGCGGCCCUGACCAUUUUCGCGUCUGGCCUGGGCCUGACGCCAUUGAACCUUGCAGGUGACCCAGAGAAACAUGCCGAGUUCGUCGCACCAUUCCUCAAGCAAGAGGGAGCACCGAUGGCGUCGCUCGUCUUCAGCGAACCAGGUGGCGUUGCCAAUGCCCUGGAGAAGGGCGCGCCGGGUUUCCAGACCACCGCUCGGAAAGAAGGCGACGAGUGGGUGAUCAAUGGCGAGAAGCUCUGGGCCACCAACUGCGCUGGGUGGGACUUCAAGGGCUGUGAUCUCGCCUGUGUUGUGUGCCGCGAUGUGACCGAGCCGGAUAAGCACGACCCGAACAGCGACCCCAGGGACCACGUCAUGAUCAUUCUGGUUACACGGGCAGACCUAGACCGCUGCGGACCCGAUGCCUUCCAGGUCCUGCGACACGUCUCAACACCCGGCCACACCUCGGUCUCUGGGCCCCAUGUCAGGUACACCAACGUGCGCGUGCCGGCCAAGAACGUGCUCUGCCCACCGGGCCAGGGCGCCCAGGUUGCGUUCGGCUCCUUCGACGCCAGCGCCGUCCUCGUCGGCGCCAUGGGCGUGGGCCUCAUGCGCGCGGCCUUCGAUGCCGCGCUGGCCUUCGCCAAGCGCGACAACCGCAACGGCGCCGUGCCACUGCUGGAGCGGCAGGCCUUUGCGGACCUGCUGUCCGGGAUCAAGAUGCAGACCGAGGCGUGCCGCGCGCUGACCUGGAAGGCCGCGCACGCCAUGGAGAAAGGGCCCGGCGACUACAACGCUCGUCGGGAGCUGGCCCUUUCUGCCAAGAUCUUUUGCAGUGACUCUGCCGUCAAGGCGGUUGUCGAUGCGACUAAUGCUGUGGGAAUCACUGCGUACGAUUUGGAUCAGCCUUUUUCCGAACUUCUCAACAACGCUAUGGUCUUGCCCAUUUUUGAUGGAGGGAACGUUGGCAUUCGAAGGCGGCACAUGCAACAGCUGAUGCUGCUGCCAACCUAUGACGCUUGGGCGGCGACAUAUGGCACGCCAGAGUAA